AUGGCCAUCGCGGACCUGGGCUGCGCCACGGGGCCCAACGCGCUGUUCUUGGUGUCCGACGCCGUCGAGGCCGUGCUGGCGGCGGCGAAGAUCACGGCCGACGACGACGGGGAGGUGCCCGAGCUGCACGUCUUCCUGAACGACCUCCCGAACAACGACUUCAACGCCGUCUUCCGGCUGCUGCCGUCGUCACCUCUCUUAGGCAGCGGCUGCCUCGUGUCGGCCUGGCCGGGGUCCUUCUACGGCCGCAUCUUCCCGGAUGCAAGCCUGGACUACGUCGUCUCCUGUAGCAGCCUACACUACCUCUCAAAGGCGCCCACGAUGAAGAAGACGGUGAGCAGCGGUGAGCAUCUGAACAGGGGACGUCUGUACUUGUCGCCGUCGGCGGGCAACCCUGCGGCGGUGCUGGAGGCGUACCGAGCGCAGUUCGAGACUGACUUCUCCGCAUUCCUCUGUUGCCGCGCUGCGGACAUGAGGCCCCGCGGCCUCCUGCUCCUCUCCUUCUUCGCCAGGAGGACCGCCUGCCCCACCACGCACGACUGCUACCUCUGGGACGCCCUCGCCGACGCCCUAAUGGACAUGGCCGCCGCCGGACUCAUCGACGAGGAACAAGUCCACGCUUUCAACUUGCCCUACUACACCCCCUGCCCCGACGAUCUCCUUGACGUGAUUUCCAUGGAAGGCUCCUUCACCGUCACAACCAUGCGGUUGUUUGGGUACUCAUUCCUAGGAGUUUCUCGUCACCCUACUAAAGACGAAGACGAUGAAGACUUACCGCGGUGGCUAGCAGUGGAGACCGCAAGCUAUGUGAGGGCGGCCCUAGAGCCCACGCUGCAGAUGCACUUCGGUCGUGCCGCCAUGGAGGAACUCUUCUGCAGGUACCCCCUCCUGCUGGAGGCGUACUAUCGCAACAACAAGGCCACCAAAAACAAGGAGGACAUCACCAACGUCUUCCUUGUCUUGGAGAAGAAACAACACUGCUAG